AAAACUUCAUGUCGUAUUCCCAUUUUGAGGUUAUUUUCUGUUAUUGAUGUUGUAUUAAAAUAAAUAAAUUACAUAAAUCUGAGAAAUGUCGUUGCCUCCAGCGAGUGGUACCGGCAGAUAUUUUGCUAGAGCCGCAAAAUCUAUACGUUUGAUACGCCAGGGAUGUACAAACAGACCUUUCUUUCAUAUUUCUGUUACCCAUCGAAGGAGACUUAACAGUCAGCCAGUGAUUGAACAGCUAGGCUCUUACGAUCCCAUGCCUAACAUAAACAAUGAGAAGCUAGUGGCUUUGAAUUUGGAACGAAUUAAAUACUGGCUGGGCCAAGGUGCUCAUGUCACAAAUCCUGUUGCUGAACUUCUUGGACUAUCUGGCUUCUUCCCCAUCCACCCUCGCUCCUACAUGACAGCUUGGAGAAACAGAAGGACAGAAAGAGAGAAUGUAGCCAAGUUAGAGGAGCAGAAAGCUAAAGAGAAUACUACUUCAUAACACCUUAUUUAUUAAUUUAGUACCUAUAUGUAGAUUAUUAUAGUAAAAUAAAUGUUAUUGUGAAAUUG